CAUGCGCAGACUUUUCCGCGGCAGUCGUGUUUGGCAGCACGGUGCGCGUUGUGCGAAGCUGUGUAGUGUAGUUUAUUUUGUCGCUGUUAUAACAUUUAUUGUGUAUAAUAAGCACUUGUUUCGUUACCAUAAUAGCCAGUUAGUUAAUCUUAACCUCGUGACCUUGUCACAUGGGACAGCUCUGCCAAAAUACGCGGGCACGUUUUGAGUUGAGUCCGUCUCAUGACUAGCAUCGAUCAGGAGGACAUUUCAGUUUGUAAUUUCGCCGAUACUUAAUCUUAUGGUGUAAGCAAGCGUGCCGGAAUGGCAUCAGGCCAGCAGGUCUCUUCACUUUUGCAGAACCAGGCAGGCCAUGAGGGAAACCGCAUUCCAAACAAGGUGUUCAUUCAGAGGGACUACUCCGAGGGAACAUCAGUGAAGUUCCAGACAAAGUUUCCACAAGAGCUGGAUGGCUUGAUAGAAAGGCACAUGUUUGAUCAGAUGGUCACCACAAUCAACUCUAUAUACUCUGAAGCUGAAAGAAUGAGUAGCAAGACAUUUUGUGAAGGCUUCAUGGCGUGCCUCACUGCAUAUUUAUUAUACAUGUGUACUGAAACCCAUUAUGAGAAGUUCUUGAAGCAGGCCACUGCAUACAUUCAUGAGCAGAACGAGACUGUUUAUGGUCCACGUGGCCUCCACAUCACAGACCCCAUAGAAAGAGGUCUACGAGUUAUUGAGAUCACUAUCUUAAGCGAACAAGGUGCGCGGUCAUGAUCGCAAGCAUAACCUGGCCAUCCUUGAAGCCUGGUCUGGCCCGUGCUGCACUGGUCUACCCCAAAUUCUCACUGUGGCCUCACAGCCAAGCACCCAGCCCCCCCUUGUGCACCCACUCCGCCAUGUGCCCAGCGAUGGAUGCGGCCCAGGGACGAGGUCUUGGUGUGUUCAAGACACCUUUGUUUUCCUUCUAAGCUUGCUGGAUGCAUAUGAAGUGGGGGAGUAACAAUAGCUGGUGUUUCCAUCACGUGUAUAAAGUAUGCUUUCUCAAGUCUGUUUUUAUUAAAGCUUGCUACAAAAGAAAAAA